UUCAGAAUUGUGUCGAAAGUGUUUCCGUGGAGAUCACCAGUAUAAUGACUCGGCUGGGAUACGGCGAGCAGAUAAGACGGUGGCGGGUUGAGAAGUACAAAGAGCAGGAUAGCUUGAUGAAUGCACGAUUUAGAUAUGUGACUAUGAUCACAGCUGGCAGCAAGGCAGAGGGGCUAACCUGCCUUCAUGAAAGCGACCGUGAUGAGUUAUUCGUUUUGGAAGGUAUUCUCUGUGUGGAAGCUGGUAUAAGUCUUCACACCAUACCUGACGGCAUAGGAGUGUACAGGAUGGAUACACAUGCAUAUUCAGGACACUGUAGACUGUUGUUAGAGAGACAAGCGCGUAAUCAUUCCAAAGUAAUCCACGAUGCUUUGUGUGAUAAUGGACAAGGAGACAUUCUAUUAAGUAGUAGUUUGUUUCUUGAUAAAAUGUCGGCAUAUCUUCCUACAAAUUCAUCAUUCGUAAACCAUGAACGAGCGGGGCCGUCUCUACCGGGUUCAGUAGGAGGUGUGGUUCACACUGACCGUGUAUGGGCAAUACGCUGUCAUUGCCCCAGCAUCUUACAGAGAUGGGCUUCCAGACCCCGUCAUUGGCCCUCACCGGUCUUAGUUCAGAAAGUCGUAUCGUUAGGAGCUAAUGUAACAGCGGUGGGUUUUAAGGAAAGUGAAUACAAGCACAUGGAAUGGAGGAUCGGCUUUAACACCGGAGAGUCAGAACUAGUAAACAACCUUAAUGACACACAAGCGAAAGUGUACGUUAUGCUCAAAAUGAUCGUCAAAGAUGUGUUAAGGCCUUCUAAGAAAGAAAUAACAUCAUACGUGAUGAAAAAUAUAGUAUUAUGGCAAGCUGAGCGUAACCCACAAAAUAAGUUCUAUGCUCAGAGUUUUCUUCACUGGCUGCUUGACGGACUGAGAGCACUUAGGACUGCUAUUGUCACAAAACAACUGUCAUAUUACAUGAUUCCAGAAAGGAAUUUAAUGGCAGCCAGUGGUUUGACGUACAGGCAGCAAAGUCAUUGGGUAGAAGUUAUCACGGACAUGAUGGCAGAAGGUCCGAGGGUAAUUCUCGGAUUGCCAAAGAUACGGAGGGCUAUUGUCGCGUCCCCAGAGCCGAUGUUGUGGUACAGCAUGAAAAGGAUGGAGCUGGAGAUGCUAGAGCUGGAGUAUAAGAACAGAAUGGUGCCUUGCUAUGAGAACGGAGUGUUGUAUAAGUCUGAUGCUAUCCCGCAGAAGAUGCGGAGACGUAUGGGCGAGGUACUGAUGGAGAUUGCAUUACGGAUGAUCGAAGAAGGUUGUGCUGUAAAUGAUCUGACGGAUAUUAACGAUAGAAUGCUACAGUAAUAAUGAAUUGAAGUGCUUUAAAAGGAUGGAACUGAGAUGGUAAUAUACGUGCAACGUAUAAAUGAAAAGAUAGUGGUGUUUUGUCUCGGAUAUCAUCCUGCAAGAGAUACAAGGACAAAUGAGUGGAAUAGUGAGAUGGAUCUUCCGCCGAGUUUUUAUGAAAGGCAGCGUUGUUAAUAAUAUGUAUUCGCCUUGAACUUCAGAAGUGAUGGCGCUUUUUUCGGCCGUGCUUGAAAAUAAAAUAGGCGCGUGUAGUAAGGAACUGGUUCGUCUAAAUAAUGCAGUAGUUAAUGUGAACGAUCAGCCGUAGCAAGUAAUUAAUACAAAAUAUGCACAAUCAGUCUUCCUUUUAAGAGAGUAUAUAAUAUUUCUUUUUAAACAUAAAACGUUGUUGGAUCCUAAUCAAACCUCGCGAUUUUGGGGACGUCAGCACAUAACGGUAGAUGUCUGACGCCUCCCAAUUACCAGUUUCGCAAUUGACAUCCCGCGAGAUAUCCAAGAGGCCCGAUGACGGUUAUAAACGAGAUUGUAAGACUUGAGAAGCCGGAAACCCCGCUCAAGAGUAUACAUCGUGUAUCCGGCAAAGCUGUUUUAAGAUUAGAAACGUGUUUAUGUUACUGGAUUGUGGACGAUAUAUAGAGGCGAACAGGCUAGCCUGGCUGGACCAGCGAUAUUGAGGCGAACAGGCUAGUCAGUCUGAUAUAUAGAGGCGAACAGGCUAGCCUGGCUGGACCAGGUACCGUUCAUGGAACGCCAACAUUUACAUCUGCACGGAGCUGAGAGUCACAUUUUGAUAACCAAUCAAUAAACUACACACGAGCCGCCGUGAACCAGUGGGAAGAAGUUUGCAAACAUUACUAUAUCGAUAUGCGCACAAAAUGCCACAUACAAAAGUGAACUAGUCUGCGGUCGAGUCGACACUGAGAAAUAUUCAAUGUCAGUUUCGACAGAGACGUAGUAUCUACGUCUCUGGUUUGGACCGUGUUAUUGCCAAGGAGGCAUCGGUUCCGGUACCUGCUACAGUAUGCGAUCCGAUAUCGACAGAUCAAAAUUAAACGCAGGGAUCUAUACAUACAACUCCGGAUUCCAUAUUUGAACACGGAUGUACUUAAGGAGUCUUCGACAGCCCAAUCAAUCAAGCGACAAGCACCCAUAGUUUUUAGCACAAAUGUCGCUGCUUAAAUACCGAAUAAAACCUAGCCAAUUUGAAACAAUUUCAAAACUGUCGGUCAGUGUCGGGAUGGAACCGCUGUCAUGUCCAUCAAUAUUAAAAUUAUAUUGGGAAUUGUAAUACAUAUACAUUUUACAUCUAUAUGGGAGGUGUUCAAUCGUUUGGAAAAUAUUGUCGAAGUGUGCUGCACAAAAGUACUAGGCUUGUGUUAUGUGGACAAACUGCCCAACAUAAUGACAAACCGAUCGACUGAAAGACCCUAAUAUACCACCCCUGCUAUGAUGUAAUUUAUGCUGAGAACUGUAUGAAAUUGACCGUGCAAAAAUGAGUAUAAUAGCAAAUAUCCUUUAUAAAUAUAUUUUAUGUUUAUUGAUAGGUAUUUUAUUACUGUUAUAAAAUUAUAAUAAUUAUAAUACUCGUUACCAGGUAUAUCAAUUCACACUCCAACCAUCAAAUUUUUGUUGCUAUUAUUUCCUUAAGAAACCAUUAUUUCUGGUAAUGCCGGCCAUGUCUGGUGCAUUUUGCUUCAUCUUCCUGCCAGAUACAUAAUUCUCAAGAUCAAAGAACAGGUUUGACUGCCAGAUACAUUUUUAAUGAGUUGACAGUUUUAUCCGGUUCCAUCUUAUGGGCAUCCUAAAUGUAUAAACAUGACACAAGAGGACAAGCUAUGCACAGAUUUAUCAAUAAACUUUGUUUAUUGAUCGAUUAAUCUAUGUUUCAUUUUGAACAUUCGCAAGUGUGAGCCAACAUUGUUUCUAGAUCCAAAUCGAUUUAUUUCUGUUAUGUUCCUACACUUUAAGUGCCAAUAAACACGUGUUAGAUUUUAAUUCCUAACA